CCUCAUUCUUAGCGAGCAUCUUCCUCAGGAAGUACAGCGGUUGCAUCUGGCUUUCGUAGUAACCACAGAUUAACACAGGAGAGUGAGAAUGGAUUUUUAUGACCCUCAGAUGCUGGGCAUUGUGGUCUUUGGUGGCUUCAUGCUGGUCUCAGCUAUUGGAAUAUUCUUGGUGUCCACCUUUUCCAUGAAAGAGACGUCUUACGAAGAAGCCUUGGCGAAACAGCGUAAAGAGCUGGAGAAAGCCAGCCAGCAGAAGGUAGAGAAGAAGAAGAAAGAGAAACCCAUUGAGAAAAAAGGAAAGGCCAAAAAGAAGGAUGAGAAGCCCAACGGGAGACUACCUGAGCUGGAUCAAGAUCUAGCCGCUUCUGCUGGUUCUAAGGAUAUGAGCCCUGAACCUGCAUCAGAUGUCGAGCCAACCAUCUUUGAGUCGCCUGUUUUAGUGCUUUCAGCUCCUCCUCUGGAGAAGGAGAAGCCUGCCUUGUCCCCUGUAGAUAAGAAAAAGAAGGAAAAGAAAGCAGCGAAGAUAGAGCAGGCUCCCAGCCCUCCGGUUUCUUCUCUGCCACCUGCUCUCUCCGAAGCUCCCGUUUCUGAAGGGAUUCCCAAGGAGGAACCACCAGCAGUUGCUGUUCCACCAGUUGGGGCUCAACAGACUGCUCAGUUCGCUAGUUCUGUGACCGUCAAAAAGCAGGAAGCGCCUCGAAACCAAGAGGAACUAAAACAAGAUGUCGGUUCGAAAAAGAAGUCCAUUGCCAAAAAGAAAAGAGAAUCAGUGACUGCUGAUGCUGACUGUGGGCUCGAACUUCCGUACAAGACUUUGGCCUGUACAAUUAAAAACAUGGUGUUUGGUGAAGGUGAGGCCCAGCAACUGAUAGAAAUUCUGUCAGAGAAAGCAGGAGGUCCUCAGGAUAUCUGGCACAUGGCAACUCAGAAAAGUGACCCUGUUGCUGUUCUCAAACGGCAGCUGGAGGAGAAAGAGAAGCAACUGAUCAUGGAGCAGGAAAAUGCAACUGCUGCAAAAACCAAAUUGAGGGAACUUUCCAAGGAAGUUGCUGCUGAGAAAGCAAAAGCCCUCCUUGUUGAGAACAAGCUGAAGGAGCAGCUCUUGGCCCACGAGCAGGAGGUUGCAGCUGUGCAGAACCGGAUGCAGGCGAGUUACCAGGAUCACAUGACUGAGACCCAGCAGCUGCAAGGAAAGAUUCGGACGCUUCAAGAGCAGCUGGAGAACGGCCCAAAUACCCAGGUGGCUCGUUUGCAGCAAGAAAAUUCCAUCCUCAGAGACGCUUUAAACCAAGCCACAAGCCAGACAGAAAGCAAGCAAAAUGCUGAACUGGCCAAACUGCGUCAAGAGUGUAGUAAACUGAGCAAAGAGCUGACUGAAAAUGCGGAGCUGCUACAGCAGGCCGAGGAGCAGAAGAAGGCCCUGGAGACCAGAGUCGUUGCCUUUGAAGGGCAAAUCUACCAGCUGCAGGUAUCCCAGAAAGAACAGGAGUCACCCCUGCAAAAGAGGUUGGAGGAGGUCAGCGAGGAUCUCUGCAAAGCCCAGGUCACCUGCAGAAACUUGCAAGCAGAGCUGGACAAGACAAAAGAGCAGCAGUCAGAUCUUUCAGAACUUCAGUCUCAGCUGCUGAGCUCCAAAGCGGAGCUGAAGGAUAAGCUGGAGGAGGUGAACGGUUUGGAGGCAAAACUGUCGGAAGCCACCGCCAAGAAUGUCCAGUUCACAGAGAGGGUUGAGUUGUUGGAAGCCCUCCUGGAGAAAAGCCAGGCCAGAGAGGCGGAGAAAGACCAAGAGGCAGAGAACCAAACGGAGAGCAGCCUGCUGCAGUUGAGGCUCAAGCUAGGUGACUGGCAUUCCUCAAGCUCCCAGGUGCCAGACUCUGUGCCACACCUGUCCGAGGCCCUGGAACAGCAGCUGGGAGCAAUUCAGGUGCAAACGAAGCAAGUCCUCUUGUCUCUCUUCCCCCAGGUCAUGUUAGACGGGGAACAG